CUUGACUGUUGACUGCUAUCAUAGUUUUCAAAGGUCAGUUCUCUCUAUCCCGAAUCCUCCAAUAAUGGCAUCCCUCUUGCCGCCGAGACCCGCGAUGGAUGACGCGACGCAACCCCGCCGCCAGCCUUGCAGGCGCAAGGCGAUCGCCCCUUCAGACUAAUAUUACAUUCUCUCCCGAGUUGUCGAGCAUUAGACUAGAUCGUUUCUUUCCCCUCUAUGCCGGCAACAUACAACCGUAUAUAUACAUACCUCUUCCGACAACCGGAAAACCAGAACAAUCGGCCGAUGUCGCGCCCCGCACUCGAUGAAUUCCAGAUCGGAUGGAUCUGCGCCCUUCCCAUCGAGGAGGCUGCCGCCCGAGAAAUCCUCGACGAGAGAUUCGACUCCCUCGAGGAGCAAGACGAGGCAGAUCCGAAUAUCUACACUUUGGGCCGAAUCGGCAAACAUUAUGUGGUCAUCACAUGUUUAGGGGGAGAGUAUGGGAUGACGUCGGCCACGACAGCGGCGAAUAACAUGACGCGGACUUUUUCGAGGUCGCUACGGGUUGGAUUGCUGGUCGGGGUGGGUGGAGGGAUUCCAUCGCCUGCUCAUGACAUCCGACUGGGGGAUGUGGUGAUCAGUUAUCCGACGGGGACGUGUGGUGGUGUGCUACAGCAUCAUGUUGGGAAGAUUGUGAGAGAUGGGAAGCUGAUCCGUACUGGGGCGUUGAAUGGUCCUCCUAGGUUGUUGCUUGGGGCGGUGAAUAAGAUGAGAGCGGCUGAGUUGACGGAUGAUCCUCUCUAUCCUUCUUAUAUUGAUAAGGUGAUCCGAAAGAAUUCACGCACGAGACGUAAUUUCAGACGACCGGACUCGGAACACGAUCGCCUGUUCCAGGCUCAGUAUGAACAUCCCUCUGAUUCAGCCAGCUGUGAUGAUUGCCCUGCAGACUGGGAAGUGGCAAGGGAUAGGAGGGACGAUAGACCGCACACACACUACGGCAUCAUCGCAUCGGGGAAUCUGGUAAAGAAUGGCAUAACAAGAGAACGACUUCGGAGAGAGACGGGUGCGUUAUGUUUUGAGACAGAAGCCGCGGGAUUGAUGAAGCACUUCCCUUGUAUUACUGUCCGGGGUAUCUGCGACUAUGCCGAUUCGCAUAAGAACAAGAGAUGGCAGGGGUACGCUGCGUUGGUGGCUGCGUCCUAUGCUAAGGAAUUACUCAGUCAUAUGACUCAUGAUCAGGUAUCAAAUGAGAGGCUUAUGAAAGAUAGUCGAACGACAUUUAUGGGCGAGUUUAAGAGUGGAAGCAAAAGCGCUGGUCACAUUGAGCAAACCAUUGAUAUGAACCAAGUAUUCAUUGCAGACGGAGCUAAGUUUGGCUCCUCUAACAGUGAGCAAUUUCUAUCCUUUCAAAGUAUCCGAGUCAAGAUUCUUCCGCAGAUUGAACGAUGGCUUGCAUCACUGGUUGCAAAACGCAUGUUUUGGUUACAUGGUAUGACGGAUACCAGCAAACCCAUCAUUUCUCGAGGAAUGCUAGGAAUUUUCGAGGAAAGAAACGUAUUAGGCGCAACUUUUAUCCUAAAGACGGUUGAAGAAAACCGGGAAAUUGCAAAGCCGCUACUCCUGACACUUCCAAACCAGCUUGUCACUGUUGGACCAUAACUAAUACCCAGUCUCGGAAUGGCACUGCAGACUGAUCCUCACCCGGGAAGCAAUUUGAUCAACUCCUCCUCUAUUUACUGUCCUAUAUGACCCAU